GAUUGAGGCUCAUUCUGAGUGGAGUGAUGCCGCCUUAACACGGAGAUACAGUGUGCGAUAUAUGGUACCGUAUUGUACUCCUAAUGGUGACAUCGUACAAGUGUACCUGCCAUCGGGGUAGAUGUGAUCCACACUUUAUUACAACCCUCACUCAACAACAUGGAAUUGAAGCAGGCUGGACUGUAGUCCCAACAAUAGAAAUAGCGGAGUGUAUAUGCCUUGCAUGGGUAGCUGUUGGCUUGUCGAUGGAUACGCGUUAUAAGCUCUGGAUAGGCCCCGUAAGCGGCUACUAGAAGUCACGCAACGUCGCCCAUCGCCAUCCAAGAUACUCGUAGUCUAUAACACCAACCAAUACUUGCCUGCUGACGGGUUUCUUGUACUUGAUUGUAAAAAUGCCUGAGGUGGAUAUAUCCAUCUCGACUCAUGCAGCCACAGAGUCGACUCCUAAGAAAGAUGUCAUUGCUAGUCUCGAAGAUCGUUACAUCCAGCUCUUGGAGGCGAAGAUUGUCCAUCUCGAGUCAAAGAUUGAGUUUCAUAAACCAGAGGCUGCAAUUUCAGAGGUUAGUGGAACACAUUCUACUGCCUAUCCCCGAGAGAACAGUAGCAUCAGAGCAUGGUAUCAUACUGAUAAAGGUAUAGGAUGGAGAUACCCCUGGCGACGUGGAUUUAGAGAUUCGAUCUCCAAUGGUUGUGACCAAUCUUCAUUCAGGCCUGAAUGGAAAUCCUGCGCAGCAACCUGACGAAUCUCAGAAGCAAUCUCGAUAUCAGAUGAUACUCUCCGGAUGGGAUCCUCGUAAAGGACAAUUUGAAGAGCAGUUACUGCCGGAUAUCGAAAAUGGCUCCCCAAUUGGACCUAUAACAAAGCCUAACCGGGCAUUUACUUUCCGUAAGAUCACAAAUGUCAGAGGCUUGCGCCGUCAUAUAGAGGCCGACUACUACUCGUCAUCAGAGGUCGAUGUGAUCUUCCCGGAACUACAGAAACUGCUCGGCCGUAUCACAUACAAGUGGGGAUGGCCAGAAGUGGUUACUAAAUGUUCAAGCCCAUACAUCGCCUUGAUAUACUCGUGGGAGGAAGCCCAGAAGGAAGCAACGACUAUUGUUGAUGACGAGUCAGACGACGAGAAGCAAGCCCGCGAUGAUUUGAAAGAAUUGCUAAGAAUAAUCUCGACUUCUUCUGGUGAUGUUCGCCUAGAUCGGUAUUUCAAAAGCCGCCAGGCUCUUUUGUGUGAGGGCUCCAUCACACAUGAAGCACUUUGGACCUUAUUUCCACCAGGAACAUUGGUAGUGGGCAGACCGUGCCAUGACGAACUCCAAAUUUUCGUCGUGGAAUCCUGCCGUAACUUUGUCAGAGACGAAGAUGAUUUCGCAAUGGUGUGCUACAGCUUCGACUGGAAUGGCACGGUUUUCAGUAGAGUACCGUUCGAGAUCUUCAUUGAAUCAUGGGGCGGUGAGAGAAAAAGUGUGACAUCGCUUCCAUAUUACCCGCUGGAGUUCUACGAAGAGGAUGGGUUGAGUCGUGAGGAGUCAAUCACUAAACUGAAGGAACGUCUCAUUAGGCGGGGUAAAAAGUUCAUGGAAUACUGCGUCGCUCCAAAGGGGAAGCAAAUGUUCAAGUAUUCGAAUGGCGCGGCAUACUUCCAUCAAAGCGGCACCCUUUUGCAACGCAAACAGACUGAUUCCAGCAUGGAGUUAGAGAGUCAACGGAACAGUUCGUCUACAAGAACAGAUAACAACGGAGCGGCAGCCAUUGGUGUGAGAGCCAGCUGGAAGCCUAUUGAGGGCGCAGUUAUCGUUGAUUUUGCGUCGUACCUAACAUACCAAUCAGCCCAGGCGCCGAUACUAGGGCCACUCGAGAGAUAUGAAGGGCUUCUUACAGAACUAUCCCCUUCACGACGCACCCAGGAAGUGUUCAAAAACAUGUAUAAGUUCGACUGGGAUAGACACACUCCUGGGCAUACCAUGAGCGCUGAGCAGUUUCUUUGCUGUCCCCCAAGAGUUCUGGGAUAUGCGCUAAAACAGAAAACAUGGGUACAGCUUCUAGUCAGGCAUCUCGUCCCCCCCAACAAGGCCGAUGAUAGCACCUUCAGAGAUAAACUGCAGCUGGAACAGGACGCCAAAAAUCUCAUUUACAAAUCUGUAAAGGCGCACGCAUUGUCAGGAGAGACAGCAAAGGAAGGGCUUGCUGAUUUCGCGCCAGGAAAAGGAAGGGGAUUAGUUAUUAUGCUAUACGGACAACCCGGCGUGGGGAAAACGCUGACAGCAGAAAGUGUUGCCCAAAUGACAAGUAAACCUUUGCUUUCCGUGGGCGUAUCGGAUAUCGGCAUUCGCGGCGACAAGGUUGAACUGAACCUUCAGAGAAUCUUUGCCCUUGCUGGGUUCUGGGAAGCCGUCUUACUAUUUGAUGAGGCAGAUGUCUUUCUCGAAGCAAGAGGAGAAGGAGACAACGAUCUUCAGAGGAAUGCAAUGGUUUCAGUACUACUACGCGUCCUUGAAUAUUAUGAUGGCAUACUGAUACUGACCACGAACCGAAUGAGGUCGCUCGAUAUCGCUGUACAAAGCCGUAUUCACCUAGCCAUCAAGUUUGCGGAAUUGAAUUCGGAACAAAAAAUCGCCAUCUACGAAUCCUUCUUAGAACAGCUUGACAACAAAGGCCUUGUUGAGGAUCUGGAAGACGUUCAGAGGUGGACUAAGAAGGAGGGGAAACGGUACAAAUUCAAUGGUCGGCAGAUACGCAAUGUGCUGUCAACCGCGUUGGGUAUUGCGCGGGCAGAUGGUCGAAAAUUAAGCAGAGAAGAUCUCAUCAGCGUUGCACAACAGACUGAGGAGUUUAAGCAAGACCUGCAUGAACAGGAGACCAUCUACAAAGACAGGCAGCUCAACAAUCGAGCUUGAGGGGUCGCCGAAGAGAAGUAGGAAUAUUAUGUUAGGCCAUGUCUAGGAAUCUCUCUCUCUCUCUUUUUCUUUCUAAGUACUUACUAUCAAGUUUUUUAACACUAGGGUAGUUUAGCGCUAGAUUAACAUGGAUAUGGUCAUUCCCUUCUAGUUAAGCAAAUUCAACACAAUACCAUAGUAUGCCUACGCAUAACUCAGCCCCAGGGUAACUAACUAUGUAGGGCCACCUGAUACUCGAAAGGUUAUUUGUU